AUGUCCUGGAAUUCGAUUAUAACGGGGUUUGUUCAAGGUGGGCGUGCGAAAGAGGCAGUGGAAUUUUUUCAAGAAAUGCAAAGUUUGAGUGGUGAUGAUGUGGUUAGACCUGAUAAAAUUACCAUUGCUAGUGUGCUUUCGGCUUGUGCUAAUCUUGGUGCCGUUGAUCUUGGGAAUUGGCUAUAUGGUUACUUGAUGAGAAGUGGCCUUGAAUGUGAAGUGGUUAUUGGGACGGCUUUGGUCGACAUGUAUGGUAAAUGUGGUUGUGUAGAAAGAGCUUAUUCUGUGUUUAAGGAAAUGCCUAAGAAGGAUACUAUGGCAUGGACAGCGAUGAUUUCGGUGUUUGCCCUACAUGGGUAUGCCAAGGAGGCUUUCAAUACUUUUGAAGAGAUGGAAUCAGAAUGCAUAAAGCCAAACCAUGUGACAUUUGUGGGGCUACUGUCAGCUUGUGCUCAUUCUGGUUUUGUAGAGAAAGGUCGCUGGUGUUUUGACAUGAUGAGAUGUGUUUACUUGAUGGAACCACAGGUCCAUCAUUAUGCUUGUAUGGUUGAUAUUCUCAGCCGAGCUGGGCUCUUUGAUGAGGCAGAAGGACUUAUUGGAAGCAUGCCAAUGGAGCCAGAUGUGUUUGUUUGGGGCGCAUUACUUGGGGGCUGUCAAAUGCAUGGGAACGUGGAGUUAGGAGAAAAGAUAGCACUCUAUUUAAUUGAUUUAGAACCUCUGAACCAUGUUUUCUAUAUGAACUUGUGUGAUAUAUAUGCAAAAGCUGGUAAAUAUGAUGAUGAUCACCUGAGGUUGUGA